AUGGCGUUGUCUUGCGCCAUAAAGGCAGCCGAUUCAUUUGAAUGCGAGCAUGUGGAGAUAUCAGAGCCUGAGAGGAGAAACCUUCGGCGAGUCUGCGAUGACAUUUCACCGGACAUUUUCCUCGUGGCUGUAGUGGAGUUGGCUGAGCGUUUUACAUAUCGUUCCAUCACAGCGCCAAUGCAAAAUUACAUACAGCAUGGUCGUGAAGAUGUACUCCACCACGGCACCCUGGGAUUGGGCCAAAAAGUGGCAACUGGGAUUAGUUACUUCUUUGUGGGAUGGUGCUACCUGGCGCCGAUUUUCGGGGCUGUUGUUGCAGACACCUACCUAGGUCGAUUCAAGACCAUUUUGCUAGGGACAGGACUCUCCAUGUGCGGCGUCUUGGUUUUGUUCAUCACGUCGCUACCUCCAAGUCUCGAGCAUGGAGGGGGUUUACCAGGGUCAAUGCUUGCAUUGAUAUUGAUUGGACUGGGAUGCGGCGGUAUCAAAAGCAAUGUCGGCCCCUUGAUUGCCGAACAGUACUCGAUGCGCACAGAACGCGUAAAGACACUGCAGAGUGGAGAGAAAGUCAUUGUCGAUCCCAAUGUAACAGUUCAGACGGUCUAUGCACGAUACUACUGGAUCAUAAAUAUUGGAGCUCUCUCUAUCAUUCCCGCGUCGUGGCUGGAGCUCAAGGUCGACUUCUGGGCAGCCUUUAUGAUGCCUCUCUGUCUGUGGCUAUUGGCCAUUGUCGCACUAGCAGCUGGCCGUAAGAAAUAUGUGGUCCAGCAACCGCAUGGCUCGGCCGUUACCAAAGCCAUUCGGGUGUUGUGGAUUAGCCUGAAGAACAAUGGCAACAUGGAUGCAGCAAGGCCCUUCGCAGUGAAGACCACUGGUGUAGUUGUAUGCUGGGAUGACAUGUUUGUGGAUGAGUUGAAACGAGCACUUGUUGCCUGCCGGGUGUUCCCCAUUUUCUGGUUAUGCAAUGGCCAGGCCAACAACAACCUCGUCAGUCAGGCGUCGUCUCUCAAGACAUACGGGAUGCCGCAUGAUAUGAUGGGACUAUUCAACCCUCUGACCAUUCUGAUUGCCGUCCCUCUAUUUGAAUGUCUCAUCAACCCUGCCCUCCGACGGUUCCAGAUCCCUUUCAAACCCAUAAGUCGUAUGACUACCGGAUUCGUCGCCAUAGCUUUUGCCAUUGCCAUCGCUGCUGUCAUCCAACAAUUAAUAUAUCUAUCACCACCGUCUCAUGUUAGCAUCCUCCUCCAGAUCCCAGUCUACUCACUCAUAGGGCUCUCCGAGUUCUUCGCCAGUCUGUCAGGGAUGGAAUACGCCUACACCAAAGCCCCAAGAUCAAUGCGGAGUAUCGUCUCCGCCCUCUUUCUUCUUACGUGCACGAUCGGUUCAACGGUGGGAACCGCCCUGUCGCCUGUAUCGGUUGAUCCAAAAGUGCUGGUGGAGUAUGCCUCUCUCAGCGUAACCAUGUUUGCCACAGCUGUCUUGUUCUACAUUUGCUUCCGCAAAUACAACCGGACGGAGGAAAGCAUGAACAUGAUCGGGGAGACAGGCAAGGACGGAUCGAGGAAAUCAUCAGUGGAGGAUAUGCAUGAUUUGUGUCAGCUGGAAAAGCAGUGA